UAUCUGUAUAAUCUAAUUAAUUAAUUGAGAACGCCAUCCAAUCAUGUCUUACUCAUCUCUCUAUAUCUAUAUUUUAUAUAUCUCUUUCAUAUAACUGAAAUCUACCUUCGAUCUGACCUAAUCUAUCGUUUUUUUUACGGUAUUCUGCACAUCAUUUCAGGUUGUCAAGGUGUAUUGUGGGUUUGUUCACUGGUGGUUAGGUAUGGUGUGCCGGUUUCCAGAGGAAGUACUUGAGCAUGUUUUCUUGUUCAUAACCUCGCAUCACGACCGGAAUGUUGUAUCAUUAGUGUGCAAGUCCUGGUAUGACAUCGAGAGGUAUUGCAGGAGGACGAUAUUCAUUGGAAACUGUUACGCAGUGAAUCCGAAGAUGAUGAUUAGAAGGUUUCCAGAGGUGAGAUCUUUGGAGCUGAAAGGGAAACCGCAUUUUGCGGAUUUUAAUCUGGUGCCUGAUGGUUGGGGAGGAUAUUUUCAUCCUUGGAUAUCUGAGAUGUCUAGGGCAUACCCGCGGUUAGAGGAGAUUAAACUUAAGAGGAUGGUGGUCACUGAUGAUUGCUUGGAGUUGAUCGCCAAGUCUUUCAAGAACUUUAAAGUUUUGGUUUUGUCAUCGUGUGAGGGUUUCAGUACCGAUGGACUUGCUGCCAUUGCCGCUAAUUGCAGAAAUCUUAGAGCAUUGGAUCUGCGGGAGUGUGAAGUGGACGACCAGAGUGGCCAUUGGCUAAGUCAUUUUCCGGAUUCUUGUACCUCAUUGGAGUCUCUUAACAUGUCUUGCUUGGGUUCUGACGUUAGCUUCUCAGCACUCCAACGUCUCAUUGCUCGUUCACCCAACUUAAAGACUCUUAGACUCAGUCGAUCCAUUCCCCUUGAGAAACUAUCUACCCUGCUACGCCGGGCCCCACAGCUUGUUGAAUUUGGUACAGGUGCCUAUUCUGCAGAAAUCAGGCGUGAUUUAUAUAAAGGUUUAUCAGAUGCUUUCUCCGGAUGCCAGGAGCUUAAGGAACUUUCUGGGUUUUGGGACGUUGUACCAUCUUAUAUUCCUGCUUUUUAUCCUGCUUGUUCUAGGAUCACAUCCUUAAACUUGAGUUAUGCCACUAUUCGUUGUCCAGAUGUUACCAAGAUCAUCCUUCAGUGCUCUAAUCUGCAGCGUCUAUGGGUACUGGAUUACAUUGAGGAUACCGGGCUAGAUGCUCUUUCUUUAUACUGUAAAGACCUAAGAGAAUUAAGAGUUUUCCCAUCUGACCCAUUUAUGGCCGACGCAAAUGUAUCCUUAACAGAACAAGGCCUUGUUUUAGUUUCUGAGCGGUGCACCAAGCUCCAGUCCAUUCUUUACUUCUGCAGGCAGAUGUCUAAUUCUGCAUUAAUCGCCAUUGCUAGGAACCGGCCUAACCUAACUUGCUUCCGACUCUGCAUUCUUGAACCACGUGCUCCUGAUUACCGAACAUUUGAACCCCUUGAUGUUGGUUUUGGAGCCAUAGUAGACCGCUGUAAAGAUCUUCAACGUCUCUCAUUAUCGGGUCUCCUCACAGACCGUGUGUUUGAAUACAUUGGGGCACGGGCUAAGAAAUUAGAGAUGCUCUCUAUAGCCUUUGCGGGUGAUAGCGAUUUGGGCUUACAUCAUGUGUUGUCGGGCUGUGACAGCCUUCGGAAGCUUGAGAUUCGAGAUUGCCCGUUCGGGGAUCAGGCUCUCUUGGCUAAUGUUUCUAAGUUGGAGACAAUGCGAUCCCUUUGGAUGUCUUCAUGCUCGGUCAGUCUUGGUGCAUGUAAGCUGCUGAGUCAGAAGAUGCCUAGGCUUAAUGUUGAAGUUAUAGAUGAGCGGGGGGAUUUGGAUUCCAGACCAGAUAACUGUACUGUCGAGAAACUUUAUGUAUACCGCACGGUUGCAGGACCACGGUUUGACAUGCCUAGCUUUGUAAGGACUAUGGAUCGAUAUCCUGCAACCUGCAUAUAAGAGUUAGGAUGAUGAUGAUCAGUUUGCUGCGCCAUCUAUUGAUCAGAAACACAUGUAUCUUAGCUCUUUUAAAGAUUCAAGUUCUGGUUUCCAGUUUUCUAUUCAUCCAUUUAAGAUUACAUUGAUAACACUUGUGUAGUUAAGAUUUAUUCCUAUAUUCUUUUAAAUGUGUAACUGUCAGGAUAUUUGUAACAUUCUUUAGCUUAGUUUGGCUCUUUAAUUUUGAAUUCAUUCACAAAA